AUCAAAUUUAAGUUUCUUAGUUUCUCCAUUGAUGGCUAAUAAGGUUCAUCCUCAAGCAUCCGUUUCAGAUCCAUCUCCAGCUGGAAGACAAACAUUCACCGUUUGGAUGAAAUCACUGGUAUGCCACACCAAUGGUUGCACCGUUUUCGAUUCCAAAGGUGACAUCGUAUAUCGUGUCGAAAACUACGACAGCAAAGGUGGUGUCAUGGACCUGCAAGGCAAUAUCCUCUAUUCUAUACUAAGCAAGAAGCUUCAAAUCUUUGGAUGUUGGAACGGGUAUAGAGUGGGCACAAACAAGGAACAGCCAUGCUUUACAGUUAAGAAGUGCUACAGUAUUGUCCGGAGAGAAAUAGCUUGUCAGGUUACUGUGGGGUUUAACACGUACUGGAUAGUGAGGUUAGGUCUCAAGAACCAAGGGUUUAAGAUACUCAACAUAACUGGAGAUAUUGUAGCAGAGGUGAAGCAAAAGCAGGUAUCAAGUGGGGUGGUGUUAGGAGAGGAUGUAUUAGCUUUGGAGGUGGAACCCUGUAUGGAUCAUUCCCUAAUCGUUGCUCUUGUCACCGUUUAUGGAUUGAUCAAUCGGAGAUUGUAGAUAAACCCAACCAUGAUUAAAUCAAACAGUGCAGUAUAG